CUAACAUAAUGGUGGAGGACCAGCUGGCACUAUUGGAUAAAAACAUAAAUGAAUUUUGGAAUAAAUUCAAAAGUACUGAUACCGCCGGUCAGAUGGCAGGACUCAGAGAUACCUACAAGGACUCCAUCAAAACAUUUGCAGAAAAACUGUCUGUGAAAUUGAAGGAAGAAGAACGGAUGGUGGAAAUGUUUCUGGAAUAUCAAAAUCAGAUCAGCAAGCAGAAUAUGAUCAUUCAAGAAAAAAAAGAUAACUUGUUACAGUUGAUUGCUGAAGUAAAAGACAAAAAGCAGGAAUUGGAAGCAGUGACUGCAAAAAUCCAGGAUCUUAAGGAAGAGUAUUCUAGGAAGAAGGAAACUAUUUCUGCUGCCAACAAAGCAAAUGCAGAGAAGUUGAAAAGGCUGCAGAAAUCUGCAGACUUGUAUAAAGAUCGGCUUGGACUAGAAAUUCGAAAAAUUUAUGGUGAUAAAUUGCAGUUUAUAUUCACUAAUAUUGACCCUAAGAAUCCUGAGAGCCCGUUUAUGUUUUGUCUGCAUCUCAAUGAGGCAAGGGACUAUGAAGUGUCAGAUAGUUCUCCUCACCUUGAAUGCCUAGCAGAACUUCAAGAGAAAGUAAGGAAGACCAACAAUUUUUCAGCUUUUCUUGCUAAUGUCCGGAAAGCUUUUACUGCUACGGUUAAUAAUUAAUGUAUAAAUAUAUA